GCACAUGCCUGCUCUUAUCGUAAUUCCUGGGUCGCGCUUCUUUAGCUCACCUGGGCUGGAAAUGGCCAGCUUGGGAUUCGCUGCCAGGCCAUCCAGACUUGCGAAUUCGAUGCCAUGCUGUAUGUAUAGCUAUCACCUGUGUCUGCAUGUUUGGACUGUGCGCGUGCCGCUGGCAAUUAGCCUGUCUUGCAAACUGGCAGGAGAAUGUCGAUCCAACCUGAAUUUAUUUUUGGUUUCCCCCAGUCAUAACCAUUAUGCGGCUCUCUCGACUAGGCAGAGCAAAGACGAGCAAUCAGCAAGUCGAAGCUGUAAACAAAAAAGAAUCCCGCGAUCGCCCGCCUCUCUAUGAAUGCGAAUCACUGCGCGAAUGCCCCCUACUCAUACCUGUCUUUUUCCUGUCCAGCCGGCGCAGGAUAUCGACAGGUAGUCGACUUGUGCUCUGGAGUCUGUCUGCUUCUGGCACUGACAGAAUAGAAAAAUCUUGCGGAGGACCCGGUCCAUUCGCAAUUAAAAUGUUCGCUAUCCCUGCAAGAAGACUUGGGAAUCCACGACUGGCUACUAGGUGCUCGUUGCUGGUGCCCACUUUCUGUCAGAUUUUUUGCCUUGCAAUUUUUCGGCUGUCGUUUAACGUAUUCGCUGUUGGCUGAUGACUAUAUAGGCCACAACAAGCUAAUUCUGCCUGUGCGCAGUUGCUGCGAAUCCAUGUAUGUUAUUGCAGCGGAAAAUCAAAGCUUAUUGGA